AUUCCGGGUGGGGUGAGACUGCUUGCCGACCCUCUGUGCGGUCGUGAAGGUGGGUGGCGGGGUUCCUCAUGAGUGCGGCGCCCCUCGUGGGCUACAGCAGCAGCGGCUCCGAAGAUGAGGCCGAGGCCGGGGACCGGGUUCGGCCGGGGGCUGAAGGCCGCAGUCGGGGCCAGAGCCCCCUUCCCGGCCAGAGGUUGCCAGUACCCGACAGUGUGCUGCACAUGUUUGCCGGCACUGAGGAGGGGCCUGUGGAUGAUAGUGCACAACACGGGGGCCGGGUGCGCACCUUUCCCCAUGAGCGUGGCAACUGGGCCACCCACGUCUACGUGCCUUACGAAGCCGGGGAGGAGUUCCUGGACCUGCUUGACGCACUGCUGUGCCACGCGCAGACAUACGUCCCCCGGCUGGUGAGGAUGGAAGCCUUCCACCUCAGCCUGUCCCAGAGCGUGGUUCUGCGCCACCACUGGAUCCUCCCCUUCGUGCAGGCUCUGAAAGACCGAGUGGCCUCCUUCCAGAGAUUCUGCUUUACUGCUGACCAGAUAAAGAUUUACACCAAUCAAGAGAAAACCAGGACCUUUGUUGGGCUCGAGGUCACCUCAGGGCACGCCCACUUCCUGGACCUGGUUGCAGAGGUAGACAGGGUCAUGGAGGAGUUUGAUCUCAGCACUUUCUACCAGGACCCCUCCUUCCACAUCAGCCUGGCCUGGUGCGUGGGUGAUGCGCGUCUCCAGAUGGAAGGGCCGUGCCUGCAGGAACUACAGGGAAUCGUGGAUGAGUUUGAAGACUCCGAGAUGCUGCUGCGUGCAUACGCCGAGCAGAUCCGCUGCAAGUCUGGGAACAAAUUCUUCUCGAUGCCUUUGAAGUGAGCACCGGAGGCCCUCAUUGUCCUGGGCCCCUCUGCAGCCAGACAGAGAUGGAAGAACCCACUCAGAUCUCUGGGGCUGCUGCCAGCCCUCCACUGGGAGGCCUGGCCAGAGGAGGCGCAGCUGCUUGGGGUGCUCUCCGGAGCUGGUUCUCUUUUGGCCCCUUUGGGUUGCAGGUCGGGCACCGCUGCAUUGUGGUCUUUCCCAGAAAUCACCAGUAGAGGGCAGCCUGGGCUUCCUAGUUCUAGGUCUGGUGGUUAUGCAGAAAAGCAAAACAACAAAAAAUGGGGGUCACUUGGUGAGCCCACCCGUACUCAGUCAGAACCCCCAUGGUAGUCCCACCAACAAAGGGCCCCUCCCCAAUACCCCCUUGGGCUGUCUGCAUUUGGAUGCCAUUGGCCCCCAGACGAGGGCUUUUUGAAGCCAUCAUGCCCUGUCUCAUCUCUGCUCAGGCCUGACAAAGGGUGCUUCCACAGGCCUGUCAUGCUCCCUCCUUGAAGCGGUGUAGCUUUUAUUUAUUUAUUUUUAGUCUCACCCCCUCCUAUGCCAGUGGAGGCCAUCUCAGGGCCAAGGCCCAGGGUGCUAAUUUGUGGUUUAGCAUCAGUUUUCUCCAUUCCUUCCUCCCACUCACCCCCAGCCAGGUGCCUGGGGAGACUUGAGCAGAUGUUUCAUCUUGGCCUGACUGGUGGCUUUAAGCCAGGCCUCCAACACUCUGACCUCUGGCUUCCCAUCAGCUUCCCAAAGAAGCCAAGAGGCACCUUCCCCAGGCAGAGCUCUCUUUCUGCCGCCUCCGGCUGCCUGCUGCGGCCUGUGGGCAUUCUGGGGGCACUCGGAGGAAGGGCCAGGGCUUGCACAGGGGUUUUUGUUUUCCUUGAGCCCUCACCAGAGCCAAGGGCCAGUCCUCUGUCCAGCUGCCACCUGGAUUUCUAGUGAUGGCGGAAGAGACACUUUUAUGUUUUAGUUUUAAAUUAUGUUCAGCAAA